AAUCUUGUUGCACAAACUCACUUUGCUCGCAGACUCACCCCCCCGGUGCUGGCUGCAGAGAUGACUUGACACGUUUGGAGUCAAUGUGAGGAACUGCUGGGAAGCGAGCUGCGUGCCAAGGCGGUGGCACAGUACCUUCUCCCAUUGCUCUUGGCCAGCUCCAUGUCUGCUCGUGGUCUCCCAUCACCGUGCUCUGCCGGGAGCCAGCGCAGGCGCAGGGAGGUCCAGGCCUGGGGCACGGCUGGGGAGAGGCGAUCGUGCCUUACAGCGGCCGAUAAACCUUCGAGACCCGCAGCCCUGAACCGGCCAGCAGCAUCCACAGCCUAAGAAGAAUUGCCGAAACCUGAUCAGCAUCACUCAAUCACAGCACAAAAGGGCUCCACGCGGCCGCUCGCCCGCAGCACCCGUGGCUGCGCUGCCCCCGUGUCCCCACCGCCCCGCUCCGGCCUCUCCUUGCCCGGACCCCCCCCACACACACACUCCGUGCAGCCACCGGGGACCCCCCCCGCCCCGCACCGCCCCCGCCCCGCCCGGUGCCACCGAGGCAGGGACCGCCCGUCCCGGGGGCCCCGGCGGGAGCAGCCGCAGCAACAGGUGGGGACGGCGCUUCGCCCGGGGCCGGCACCGGGGCCCGAUCGCGGCCGAACCUCCGCGCACCGCAGCCGCAGCUGCAGCCGAACCGAAGCGGAGCGGAGCCGCCCCCGGCCGAGCCGGGUUGGUGCGAUAGGAAUUUACUGCUGCUGUUCUCCAGCAGCAAAUCACCGCGUCCCACAUGGAAACUGGCAGCAGGCUGGGGCAGAGGCUCCCGGGCCUUGACACCCCCAUCCUGCAGCACCCUUUGCCUGCCUGGAGGGGUGUGUGCUGAGAAGGGACGGGGGGGGAGGAUUUUUAAUCUCUGCAGCUCUCUGUCCAGGUAUAAUUAAUCUUAAGCCAAAUUAAGCUGUCCUGGAAAAGAUGGUAGCCAGUAUCAUUCUGUCCUUGUUUUCCGGGCUCCUGAGCCCAGCCUCUCACACUUUGCCAGGGCACGUUACACAUGAGACGUGAGCGGCGUUCCAGGAAAUAAUGCCGUGUCAUAUCCCCUCCAUCCACCGCCUUCCUCCAGCCAUGGGAGAGGCUUUGCAGGAGCACAGAGAAGCCACCCUGCUGCCCAAGAGCUGCCGCAGCCACCGGGGAAUCGCCGGCAGCCAUGCCAAGCUGGCCGGGUGCAAGAUGACCCUCAAGACCACGCCGGCAGCCGGCGUCACCCAGGCUUUCUUCUGUCUCCUGCUGUGCGUCCCCUGGGGCAGCUCCUGCCCCCCGAGCUGCCAGUGCACGGAGCGGGCGGGGGCGAAGGCCGUCCUCUGCAGCUCCCGGCACUUGGAGGAGAUCCCCAAGGACAUCCCCAAAGACGCGGUGUUCCUCAAGCUGGACGCUAACAGCAUCACCAGGAUCCCCAGCAACGCCUUCAGGCACCUCUCCCACCUGGAGGAACUCGAUCUCUCCAGGAAUGCCAUUGAGAAGAUAGACAGGGCGGCUUUCAAAGGGGUGGCUGCGGGGCUGCGUACCCUCGACCUCUCCAGCAACCGCAUCCGCAGCAUCCCCAAGGAGGCCUUGCUGGCGCUCAACGCCAAGCUCCGUCUGGCCAACAACCCCUGGCACUGCGAGUGUGCCUUGCAGGAGGUGUUGUGGGAGGCGCGGCUGGACCCCGACUCUGUCCAGGACAUCACCUGCCACACGGCCCCACGGGAGGAGUACGUGGGCAAGCCGCUGCUGCAGGUCCUGGAUGCUGGCGUCAACUUCUGCAGCGUGCGUCAGAGGACCACGGACGUGGCCAUGUUCAUCACCAUGUUCGGCUGGUUCGCCAUGGUCAUCGUCUACGUGAUCUGCUAUGUGCGGCACAAUCGAGAGGACGCCUGCAAGCACGUGGAUUACCUGAAGUCCCUGCCAAGCACUCAGGGCCAUGCAGAGACCACCAGCACCGCCCUGUAGUGCAGGAUUGGGGCGCCCUGCAUCUUUGCAGGGAGCCUGCGGCAACGUGAUGGGCUUCAAAGCUUCUCUAUGGGAUUUUCCAGUGCUUGCUCCAGUCCUGCAAAUGAGUGCCACUGACUUCGUCCCUCCCUAGCGAUGCUGGACUGAGCGUGAGCAAACGACACGGGGGAGGGAUGCUGGGGACACCCCACGCAGACCUGUCUAUGGAGCCCAGGUUCCCGGGGAGGACCACCCCCCCCCCCCCCAAACCCCUUCUCCCUUGCCAGAGCUGGACUCGCAGGGAAAGCAGCCCCAGCCACAUGCUCGUGGUCCACGUAGUUUGGAGAGAACAAGCCCGGGGGGGGGGGGAGACAGAUGAGGGUGGGGGCUUCUGUGGGGCCAGGAGGUCCCUGGGGUGUGGAGGGGUGGGUUGCUCUGUGCAGCGGGGUCACCCCAUCCUGGCUCCAGGGAGGGACCGGCCUUGCAGAGAGCAGGACACCGACCCCAGCCCCCUGCGCAGCAUCUCAGCAGCCUCUGCCUGCCACCAGCAACCGGGGGUGAUCUCCCAAACCUUGGAUUUCUCAAUAAAG